AUGGAUCAAACACAUGCCCGAGCCUUGGAGGCUCUACAGCCAUUCAUUCAUCUCGCCAACUCCAAUAGUGCCACCUCCCCACGCUUCAUCGCAAACCUGAUUACGAAUGCCACAUCGAGUCCCCAAACCUACGUCUUCGCAGAGCUUCUCGAAACCGAAACAGUUCAAGCCCUAGCCUCUCCAGACACCCCGGCCGAAUACCAGGCCUACCUGAAGCUACUCCAGAUCUUCGCCUGGGGCACAUGGCAGGAAUACCAAGAAACACCCAACCUCCCGAAACUCAGCAGCGAACAAUCUCUCAAACUCCGCCUCCUCUCCCUCCUCUCUCUCGCCGCAUCCGCCACAUCUCUAACAUACCCCGCUCUCAUGAACGCGCUCUCUUUCUCCUCAACCGCAGAGCUAGAGUCCCUCGUGACAACAGCCAUCUACGCAAAUCUGAUCUCCGCACGUCUAUCCCCCGCAACGACCCCACCCAACGUGAACGUCACCGCCGUCGCGCCCCUCCGCGACGUCCAGCCGCAGGUUCUGCCCAAAAUGAUCUCCCUCCUAGCCGACUGGGAAGCCCGAUGCGGAGAAGUCGUCUCCGACCUGGAAGCUGAGAUUGCGCGGGUCAAAUCCAAUGCGACGGCGCGCCAUGCCAAGGAUCAGGCUUACCAAAAGCGCAUCGAGGAGGCCAUGGAACGGCGAAAGGGAAUGGGUAUCGAUGCGUCUUCCGGCGGCUCGUCGCGUGGGAAACUUGGUGCCUUUGGACGGAGGCCGGCUGGGCGGUGGGGUGCUGGUGGCGGGGUUCCGGGUAAUAAGCGGGAAGCCGAUGAUAUCGAUCGCGACGAUGGGUUCUGGGAAUCUGGGGAAGGUGCUGCGGAGGCUGGUUCACGGAUGGAUAUCGAUGAAGGGCCGGCGGCUCGUGGUGGGAGUAGGCACUCGAAGCGCAUACUUGGGGGGAGAAAGGCUUAA